UUAAAUUGAUUAAUUAUACUCGUCGCCUCUGUUCCGCCCCCAAACCCAAGGAAAACCAUCAUCAGCCGCUCUCUCUCUCUCUCGGCUCUCCACUUCGGCCUCCGCCUCGCUCCCACCCCAAAUUCCUCCACGGCUGGCGGCCUGAAGCCCUAGGCCACCGCCGGGACCCAAGAGCAAGCAUAUAGACGCUGCGAUCGGAAGCAGCAGUAGCCGCCGCCAUGCAGGGCUUCCCCGGCGGCGUCCCCGAUCCGCAGCAGCUCCAGGCCACCAUGCUCGCCAUCGAGCAGGCCUGCUCCCUCAUCCAGGUGCACAUGAAUCCGGCUGAAGCGGAAAAAGUUCUAAGUUCACUCCAUUCAUCUCUGAUGCCUUAUCAAGCAUGCAGAUUUAUUCUUGAGACAUCCCUAAUGCCAAAUGCGAGAUUCCAAGCUGCUGGAGCAAUUGGUGAUGCUGCAAUAAGGGAGUGGGGAAUUUUAACAGAUGACAACAAAAGAAGCCUAAUACUAUAUUGUUUGAACUACGUUAUGGAGCAUGCAGGUUCCCCUGAUGGCUACGUGCAAUCAAAAGUUUCUGCUGUGGCAGCUAGGUUACUAAAAAGAGGCUGGCUUGAGUUUCCGGAUCAAGAAAAAGGUGCUAUCUUCUUUGAGGUUGAACAGUCCAUCCGGGGCAUGCACGGGCCUAAUCGACAGUUUGCUGGGAUCAACUUCUUAGAAACCUUGGUUUCAGAGUUUUCCCCUUCAACUGCUUCUUCUAUGGGCCUGCCUAAGGAGUUCCAUGACCAAUGCCAAUUGUCACUUGAAGUGAAGUUUCUGAAGGACUUCUAUUGCUGGGCACAAGCUGCUGUAUUCAAUACCGCAGACAAAAUCUUGAAUUCAAAUGUAACUAUACCCGAGGAGAAAGCAUGUUCGGCGGCAUUGCGCCUCAUGCUUCAAAUUUUAAGCUGGAGCUUCAAGCCAACUUUGGAACAUGAGAAUUUAGAUGCCAAAAUAAAAUCUGGUUUGAGGAGCGAUGCCAUAAAUCUGAGGAAAUUCGAACGUUCAUUGGUGAAGCCAGGGUCUUUGUGGACUGAUAUUCUUAUAUCAAGUGCACAUACUAUCUGGGUUUUGAACUUCUAUACUACCCUGCGUCAGAAGUACUCGUAUGAUACACUAUGGGGUGAUUCUCCUAUUGCUGUCUCUUGCAGACAGCUCAUAGUGCAAUUAUGCUCCUUGGCAGGCGCUGUUUUUCCUAAUGAUAAUGGAGAUGCACAAAUUGAACACUUUAUGCACAUACUAUCCGCUGUUAUCUUGUGGAUUGAACCUCCGAAUGUCAUUGCGGAAUCAAUUCGAAAUGGAGGAAGUGAAAGUGAGUUCAUAGAUUCUUGCCAUGUCCUGCUUUCAGUGGCAUCUUUGACUAGUAGUUCACUUUUUGACAACCUCCUGAAAUCGAUAAGGCAAUAUGGCACAAUUAACCUGCUUUCUGCUUUGACAUCCGAAGCUGUCAAGUCUGUUCUGGAUAACCAGAAUGAAGAAGAAACAUGGGGUUCAGAUGCUCUAGAUAUAUUGUUAGAAACAUGGAAUGUUAUUCUGGGGGAAGCUUGUGCUGAUAAAAGUCCUAUGUCAGCUGAUGGAGCACUUGCAGCUUCAAAUUUGUUUAAGAUAAUUGUGGAGUCACAUUUGAAGGCUGCUGCUGAUUCUGCAUUUGAGGAUAGUGACGAUGCUGAAUACUUUCAUGUUUCUGUUUCAAAGCGUGAUGAGCAGUUGGCCUUGUAUGCUCUGAUUGCACGAGCAGCUGCUGACACCACCAUACCCUUUCUUGAGCAACUAUUUUCUGAGCGAUUUGCACGGCUAAGCCAGCAGAGAGAUGUCGAAAAUGAUCCCACUCGAACAUUGGAGGAGCUGUAUUGGCUGUUGCUGAUUACCAGUCAUGUCCUAACUGACUCAGGCGAAGGAGAAACACUGCUUAUUCCUGAAGCUUUGCAGGUGGGAUUCACCAAUGUAGUUGAAGUAGCUCAACAUCCUGUAGUUACGUUGUCAUGGUCUAUAAUAAAUUUUUCAAGGCAAUGUCUAGACCCAGGAAUUAGAGGGAGGUACUUCAGUCCCCGGCUCAUGGAGGCGGUGAUUUGGUUCCUGGCCAGAUGGGUUGCAACCUAUUUAGUACCGCUUGAUGUGAGUAGAGAAAUUGACAGUGUGGGUAGACAUGGAUCCCAGCAUUCUAGAAAAUUGCUAAACAGUUUUGCGUGGGACAAUAACCAAGGGGAGCUUGUUCUUGAUUUUGUUGCUCUCAUGUCAAUGGUGGCACUUACUACAUAUCAGGGCGAAAUUGAGCUGCAGACACUUACAUGCCAAAAACUACUUGCUUCAGUUGUUCGACGGAAACACACAUGUGCUUAUGUUGUUCAGUUGGACUCAUGGCGUGACCUUACAAGGGCUUUUGCAAGUGGGCGUUCUUUAUUUUCAUUGAGUGGACGUUUACAGGUAAGUGUUAUAUGCACUCACCAUGCAGUUUUAACUUAUGCUUUCAUUUGUGAAGACCUUAUGCUUUUGUUACUACUUACCACACCUUCACAGAGAUCUCUAGCAGAAACACUUGCAUGUGCAGCUUCCUGCAUCAAAGAUCCCGAAGCAUCUGUGCAGUAUUUGAGAGACCUCAUGGGACCAGUCGCAGGAUGCCUAGUAGAAAAUGCUAGUAGGAGUGAUCUUAAAUCUGUUGCACAUCAACCAGAUGUUAUCUACAUGGUCUGUUGCCUAUUGGAACGGCUAAGAGGAGCUGCUAGAGCUACUCAGCCUCGCACUCAAAAGGUUCUGUUUGAGAUGGGUCAUACUGUGAUGAACUCACUCUUGACUCUUCUGGAGGUGUACAAAAAUCAGUCUGAAGUCGUAUACAUGAUACUCAAGUUCGUGGUUGACUUCAUUGAUGGUCAAGCUGUAUUCCUGGAUGGUAAGGAGACAUCAGUUUUGAUGAGCUUUUGCUUACAUCUGCUCCAGAUAUACUCCUCUCAUAAUAUUGGAAAGGUAAUGCUCUCGCUUUCUUCAACUCUGCGAAGUGAAUCACAAUCCGAAAAGUACAAGGAUCUGCGUGCUUUGCUUCGGCUUUUAACAAAUAUCUGCUCAAAGGAUUUGGUGGGUUUCUUAUCUGAUAGCAACAUUGAAGGCUCCCCAGAUAUUGCAGAGGUCAUCUAUGUUGGUCUUGAUAUUGUGACUCCCUUGAUAUCUUUGGAUCUUCUCAAGUACCCUAAACUAAGUCGUGAUUAUUUUGUACUUAUGUCACACUUGUUGGAAGUGUACCCUGAGAAGGUUGCUCACUUAAACAGGGAUGCCUUUGGAAGAAUUACUGGUAGUCUUGAAUUUGGCCUGCGUAAUCAGGAUGGCGAUGUUGUUGAGAGGUGCCUCACAGCAGUAAAUGCCCUUGCCUCGUACCAUUUCAAAGAAAGAUUUGGAGGCAGAGGAGGGCUUGGCUCGCAGGUUAUGGAAUCUGAAGGAUCGAAUGGCAAACUUCAGGAAAGCAUAUCAAGUCACUUCUUGAGGCUUCUCCUGCAACUACUUCUGUUUGAAGAUUUUAGAAUGGAACUAGCAGGUUCUGCUGCAGAUGCUUUGCUUCCUUUACUUUUUUGUGAACAGGAGUUAUAUCAGAGACUGGUCCAUGAGUUGCUUGAGAAACAGCAGAAUCCGACUAUAAAAUCAAGGCUGGCACUUGCUUUCCAUAACCUGACAAGUUCAAACAAUCUCUCAAGCACCCUUGACCGGCCAAACAGGCAGAAAUUUCGGAAAAAUCUCCGGGUUUUCUUAGGCGAGGUCUCGGGCUUCAUGCAGAUAAAGUAGAUGGGGAGUGACAUGAAAGCAUUGAUGUCUGGUCGAUCCCCAGAAGUUUUUUCUCCAUUGUGGCAGAGUCCAUGUGUGGCGGAGCCAUGAGCAGGAAUUCUGGCGUUAGAGGUCGAAAACGCAUUCGCCGUUGUGUGUUGAAGGGAGUUCAAACAGAAAUGACAGGAACAUGUCGACGUGUUCCAGGAUCUGUGUCUGGCUGCAUUUGGCGGUGGAGAAUUGGACGCCCUGAGAUGAGAUCGUCGUGUAAAUUUAAUUGGGUCUAGAUGUAAUCAUACAGAAAAGGCGGACAUUUUUUUUAAACGGAGAAGGUGGUCAUUUUGUUGCGACUGCUCAGAUGGAACAGUUUUUUUCUCCCACGUGUAUGGGAGAUACAGCUUAGAAGAAGCGAUUCGGCACCUUGUGGUGCGUAACUUUUGCCCGUCAGGAAACGUGAGACACUGGGCCUGGGGCCUGCUUUUGCAAUGCUCGAUUUUUACUGGACUCCUGUGGGAACCAAGCUGUUUCGUGUAAAA